CGCUGAGUCAGCUGCUGCAGACUGGGCUGGGUGGGGCUGUGGGCUGCACCUGGGCCUGAGCCGGGCCAGAGGGGCCUGUCGCUGCGGUCCCCGCCGCCGCCGCCGCCGCCGCCGCCAUGGAGAACUUCCCAGAGGAGAUGGACGAAGAGCAGUACUGGCAGAACGAGCUGCUGCAUCUGGCGCGGACACUUUUCAAUGGGAUGGGCAUUGAGCUGCCAACAGGUGAGCUCUUUAGCUGGGAAAACCGACUUCCUCCCCCUGCUGCCAGGAGAGCCGUGGAGAACCUGCCAAAAUCCACCAUCACAGGGGCCCAGGCUGAUGCAGGUGUCAAAUGCCCUGUAUGUCUUCUGGAGUUUGAGGAGGAGCAGACUGCCCUGGAGAUGCCCUGUGAGCAUCUAUUUCAUUCAGACUGCAUCGUGCCCUGGCUAGGCAAGACCAACAGUUGCCCUCUGUGCAGAUAUGAGCUGCCUACAGACAAUGAGGACUAUGAAGAUUACAGGAGAGAAAAGUCAGGGAAGGAUCCAGAGAUGUGCCUGGAUCCUGCUGAAAGGAGGGAACGUCUCCUCUCAGACCAGAAUGCUUUUGCUAGGGCCAACAAGGCCCUGGCCCUGAAACAGCCUUGGGCAGACUUGGAUGGCAACAUCCGAUGCCGCCUCUUCUUGGGUCUGAUCAUCACGGCCUUAAUGCUGCCCCUCUUGAAGUGGAUUAUUGUGGCUACCACGGAGCGUCCUGUGAAUCUUCAUAACCCGGCAGCGUGGCAUCAGGGGGCCACGGCCAAAGGUUGGGGCUUCGAUCCAAGACCAGGAGACUAAAGUGGAUCAUGGGGAAAGAGAAGCCAGCCCCGCCCAACCACUGGGUCCCACUAAGGAACACUGGUUGGUGCUGGAGUUGAAGAAACCCUGGGGAGCCCUCUUUGGUGGGCUUGGUUCCACCAGUUGUACCCUUGCACGCUGACCCCCACCCCCAGGAGUACAAGCUAAAUCACCCCUUGCUACAUAGAGCUGAAUAAAAACCCCUGUAGGGUAAAAGGAAUCCUCA